UUCCGCCGUUGGUUUUUGAAGCUGCGCGGGUUGCGGGCUCCGAGCGCGCACAUCUUGGGCGGGUUAGGACCCAGAGCAUCCCACGGACCUGGCGCUGCGCUGCAGCUACCGCUGCGGAGGCGUGCUCUUCUGCAGCACCGCGCCAUCCCAUCCUUCCAUUCAUUCCUCCCUUGCUCAGGGCUCGAAAACUUCGUUACCGUUGGUAUUUUGAACUGGAUAAUUCCUUGGUUUGUUUACUCGCGCGUGCGUGUGUUUGUGUGUGAUCCUUUUGCUAGAUGUUUAGCAGCGUCCCUGGCUGUAUCCCUUAAGAAACCCCGGAUCAUCCUUCCUCCUGGGUCUUAAUAAACCAGAGCGUGUCCAGGCUUUGCCAGCUGACACCUGUGGGGCAAAUUGCCGCCGCUUUUCUCUCUUGAGUUGAGAAUCUUAACCUGCGUCACAUUUUCACGGAGCUUCUAGUGAAGCAGCUGCGCAUGUCUCAGUCACUGCGGAGACCCAGGUGUCCAAAGGGACGUCAGGUAACAUGGUGGGCGCCUGAUGGUUAGCAAAGAAGUAAAUGACAUCACUGUGUGGCGGGUCCUGAGUUCCUUCAAGACUCUAAAUUGGAUUCCCGGAGGCGUUGGUAGUUUGCUGUGCGUAGAUAGUACCUGUUGGCAGGUCAUACGUACUCAGAUAGUCUACACGGGGCUGGAUUCCCGCUGGUGACACAAUGCAGGCGUCAGUGCCCUCGAACAUGCUGACAGCCGUCUCCCCAGGCCCUCCUGCUCUGGCUUCACUGGAACAAAGCAGGGUCCCUGGAAUGGAUACUUCUAGGGCCCAAGAAAGGCUCUUGAGAGGCUAUGCUGAUGACCUAGAUUCUUUCAGGCAGAAGUUCAGGUGGUUUUGUUACUCACAAGAAGAAGGGCCCAGAAAAACCCUGAACCAGCUCUGGGACCUCUGCAAGCAGUGGCUGAGACCAGACGUUCACACCAAAGAGCAGAUCUUAGAGCGGCUCGUGUUUGAGCAGUUCCUGAGGGUUUUGCCUGGAGAGAUGAGGAUUUGGGUGAAUUCUCAGCAUCCCAAGAGUAGUGUGGAGGUGGUGACCCUGGUAGAAGAUUUGAACCAAACACUUGAAGAAAGGGAAGAUCUUAGCACUCAAGAUUCUGCCGUGUGCAAAGUGGAGGAUUUGGAAGAAGAGGAGAUGGUGGCUGUUCCUCCGAAUGCGGAGCCACGUGAAGCGGUAACAUUUGAGGAUGUGUCUGUGAACUUUACCAGAGGGGAGUGGAAGAUGCUGGAGCCGUCUCAGAGGGAGCUAUAUAAGGAAAUGCUGCUGGAAAACUUAAGGAACCUAGAAUUUUUGGGCUCUCCAGUUUCCAACUUUGAUUUGAUUUCCCAGCUGAAGUGGGUUAAGUUGCCAAGGGUACUGGAAAAAGAAAUCUCAAAAGACCCCAGACCAGAGGGUGAGUCUAGACGUGAACUGGAUGCUUUUCUGGAAGACCUCACUUUAGAGAAGACAAUAGAUUACUGCUUUAGCGAUAAUGGCUAUGGCUUGAAGGCAGAAUUCCAGAAACGAUAUGGCAAGUCCAAAAAAGAUCAUAGCAAGCAGAGUAGCCAUCAGAGUAAAGAUUCUGACUCAAAAAAGACUCCCUCUGGAAAGAAUUUGAAACAAACUUCAGACGCAGCUAAACAUCGAGGAACCUGCUUAACAAAGAAGUUUCAUGGGCCCAAGGAAGGCAAGAAGUCCUUCACCUUUCACUCAGAUCUUGUGACCCGCAAAGAACAGGGUACAGAAAAGUCACGGAAAUGCAGCGGAAGCCAGAAAGGCUUGGUUUACUCUUCAUCUCUUACCAAACAUAAGAGACAGCCGAGAAUUGGCUCGUUGAGCAAGACCUACAAGUGUAGUAAGUGUGGCGUUGCCUUCACUCCAAACUCAUGGUAUCAUAGUAAAAGCUCGCAAUGUGAAAAAUGCCAGAAGAAUUUAUUUCAAGGGGAAACGUCAAAUAAAGACAAAGGGCCAGCAACUAAAGAGCCCAGUAAGUGCAGGAAAUGUGGGAAAGCCCUUGGCAAUAGUUCCCAACGCUCCAUGUGCACUGAAUGUAGAGAAGCUCACAAACCUCGGCCAUCGAAAUCCCACAAAAAACGCGACGAGAAAGGAAAGCGGUACAAGUGUGAUGAAUGUGGGAAAUACUUUGUUGGUUUACAAGUUCUCGAGAUUCAUCAAAGGAUCCACACGGGAGAAAAGCCCUAUGUAUGUAAACACUGUGGGAGAUCCUUCAAUGACAACUCGUCAUUUUUUCAACACCAGCGAAUCCACACCGGAGAGAAACCAUACACGUGUAAGGAGUGCGGGAAAUCCUUCACGCUUAGCUCCUCCCUUUCAAAACAUCAGAGGAUCCACACCGGAGAGAAGCCGUACAAGUGUAAGGAGUGUGGGAAAGCCUUCAGACAGAAUUCUUGCCUUACUCGGCAUCAGAGAAUCCACACUGGCGAGAAACCGUACGUGUGCAAGGAUUGCGGCUCGUCCUUUAGCCUUUUUAGUACUAUCCUCUAUCACCAAAGACUUCACGCAGGAGAAAAGCCCUACAAAUGUACCCACUGCGACAAGGCCUUCCCUACUCACUCCCGCCUCGGCCGCCAUUUGAGAUGUCACACCGGUGAAAAGCCAUACAAAUGUAAAGAGUGUGGGAAGACCUUCAGACAGAGCUCAUCUCUUAAUUUACAUCUCCGAAGUCAUACCGGAGAGAAGCCCUACAAAUGUGAUUUCUGUGGCGCCGCCUUUACGCGGAGCACGAUCCUCGUUGAACAUCUGAAAACACAUACAAAACAUGAAUGUAAAAAAUGUGGUAAGAAAUGUAAAAGUCGGGCAGCCAGCCUUAAACAUUGCUGUACUGAGUAAUUCUGGGAAUUGUAGUGG